UAGCAGUCCUUUAUUUGUGACCUGCCUAGUUAGAUUCUUUCACAGCCUGUUCACAGUUGCUUUAUAUAAAAAUGAUUGAUGAAUUCAAUAUAACAUGGAUAACUUUUGGCGGACAUGUAGAAUUACAGAAAUACAGAUUUUUGUAUUUUGUGAUCCUGUUUACUGUUUAUAUUUUAAUUAUUUGCUGCAAUUCAACCAUAUUCUGCAUUAUCUGGAUUCAGAAAAGUCUCCACGAGCCUAUGUACAUUUUUAUUGCAGCUUUGCUCUGUAACUCACUUCUUUUCAGCACCAACAUCUACCCAAAACUGCUGAUGGACUUUUUAUCUGACAAACAGAUUAUAUCUGUUUCACUCUGUCAUUUACAGGGUUUUAUUUAUUACUCUUUAUGUGGUUCUGAAUUUUUACUGUUGUCAGUCAUGGCCUAUGACAGGUAUGUGUCUAUAUGUAAACCUCUGAAAUAUCACACUAUCAUGAGAAAAUCAACAGUGAGUAUUUUGCUGGUUUUAGCUUGGCUGGUGCCUACCUGUCAGCUUGUGCCUUCACUGUUUAUAAGUAACAUGUUCAAAAUCUGCAACUUUACUUUAAAUGGAAUCUUCUGCAAUAAUGCAGUUUCACAGAUUUAUUGUAUGAGCUCCAAAGCAUCUUAUAUUAUAUAUGGUGUAUUUAUUGCAGUCAAUACAGUAUUUUUGCCUUUACUUUUUAUAUUAUUUACCUACACAAAAAUACUCAUAAUAACCUUUAAAAGCUCCAUUAAUGUCAGGAGAAAAGCUGCCCAGACCUGUUCUCCUCACCUGUUGGUUCUACUCAGUUUUUCCUGUUUGUGUUCAUAUGAUAUUGUGAUCGCUCGAAUCAACAUUGAUUUCCACAAAACAGCUCGCUUUAUCAUGACUUUACAAGUGGUUCUGUAUCAUCCUCUCCUUAACCCUGUUAUAUAUGGAGUGAAAAUGAAAGAAAUCUCUAAAUACCUGAAAAUUAUUUUCUUCUCCUCGAAAACUUAAAAAUAAUAUCUGAUGUUUAAUAAAAAGUUGUUUAUUUAGGAUAUAAAUGCAG